AUGCCCAGGGCGGACGAGGAACGUCGCGCCGCGGCUGCCGCGGCGGUGUCCCGAGGCGCGAGCUCGAAGAAGGGUCAGACGGGCGGGCCCGGCGACGGCGUCGCGAGUAAACAGAAGUCGCUGAAGGACCCCGGUCGAUCCAUCGCCAUCGUCACGACGGCGGCGCUGCCGUGGAUGACGGGCACGGCGGUGAACCCGCUGCUUCGCGCGGCGUACCUCGCGCGGCGGGGGUUGCACGACGUCACGCUCGUGAUCCCGUGGCUCGCGCCGUCGGAGCAGAAGAUCAUCCACCCUUCGAUCGUGUUCGACUCUCCCGAGGAACAGAGCGCGUACGUGCGAAAGUGGGUGAAGGAACGCUGCGGGUUCGAGCCUUCGAACCUAAAGAUGGACUUCUACCCCGGGCGGUAUCACACGGACAAGUACUCGAUCUUACCCGUCGGCGACGUGAGCGAAUACAUCACGGACAAGUCGCACGACGUCGCGGUCUUGGAGGAGCCGGAGCACUUGAACUGGUAUAACAGCGGGGAGAGGUGGAGCGACAAGUUCCAACACGUCGUCGGCAUCGUGCACACCAACUACCUCGAGUAUGCAAAGAUGGAGGCGCACGGGAACGUCAAGGAGAAGGCGCUGCGGCUCGUGAACUCGUGGGUGUCGCGCUUGCACUGUCACAAGAUCAUCAAGCUGUCCGACGCGGUGCAAGAGUUCCCGCGGUCGGAGACGGUCAACGUCCACGGCGUCUCCGAGGUGUUUUUGGAAGUCGGGAAGCGGAAGGCGACCGCCGCCGCCGCCGCGAUGGCCGCGCAGAACGACCCGGACUCCGCCGCGGCGACGUCCGCGGGGAGAGCGGUGUUCACUAAAGGCUGCUACUUCCUCGGCAAGGUUGUCUGGGGCAAGGGAUUCCACGAACUCCUCGAGAGAGUCGAGGCGCACAACACGAGCGCCGACGGCGCGGCGUACCCGCUCGAGUUGGACGUCUACGGCAACGGCGAGGACUUUCACUCCGUGACGCAAACGUCGGCGGAGAAAAAUUUACCGCUGACGUUCCACGGCCGCGCGGACCACGCCUCGGACGCGAUGCACGACUACAAAGUCUUCGUGAACCCGAGCCUCUCCGACGUCGUCGCGACGACGACCGCGGAAGCGCUCGCGAUGGGGAAGUACGUCAUCUGCGCGUCGCACCCGUCGAACGAAUUCUUCAGCUCGUUUCCAAACUGUCUGACGUACGACAGCCCCGAGGAGUUCUCGAAGUGCGUGAAGAAGGCCCUGAGCACGGACCCGACGCCGCUGUCGAGCCGCGACCGAUACAGGCUGUCCUGGGAAGCCGCGACGGAUCGGUUCUUGGACGCCGCGGAGCUCGGGGAGGAGCAAGUGUCCGGUCCGGGGACGUCGAGGACGGGGAAAGCCGGGGAGACCCUCGUGCACGCGUUGCAUUCGAACAUGUUGAGACGGGAAAAGUUUCGACGAGCCGCGGGCGCGGGCGCGAACACGAUGACGCCGCCGGAGAGGCUGGACGGGACGUGGGAGCCGGAACAAUUCACGGAGAAGACGGUGUUUAGCGCGGGGGAGAAGAAGGACAUCACGCGGAAGUGA